UCAUAAUCUGCAUCACUUUGCAGUAAGAAAGAAAGAGAGAAAGUUUCUUUCAUCUUUCAAACAUACCAGGCUGCUCAUCAACAUGGCUCUAUCUAUGCGUGGCUUCAUACUUGGGGCUCCAAAGCCAAACAGCAUCCAACUUCCCAGUUGCAAGUCCUAUCAACAAAAAGCCAUGACUAUGCUGCAGACACAGCACCACGGUCUUAAAAGUUCCCUGAAGAUUAGUCGCUCACUUAUAACAUGUGCUAAUAAGAAACCCGGCACAGGGAGUGGUCCAAAAAUUAAUCAGACGACAUCAUCGGAGCAACUUUCAGUUUCGAAUGGUAGCAGUCCAUCAAACUCUGAGAGGACCGGCAAGAAAAGUAAAGGAUCAGAUUCAGAAGCCAACGUUACUCCAAAAGCGGCCAACUAAUAUCACCAAAAAUAUGAGUAGCUAGCAACUGAAUAUAUAUGUAUUUAGCAAUGCAAUAAUAUGAGAAGAAUCAAGUUUUUCUUCCGUAAUGAAGUCCUGUAGAGAAUCUGGUGUGAGAAGUACUGUUUCAGUUGUGACGUUCGAUUAUCAUAGAGUUAUAUGUGAAUUAUAAAGGGUUGUCUCUAGCUCUAUAUGUCUCUCCAGUAAUCACUUUUUUGUAUCGAAUUCAUCAGAUUGCUGUCUCUCUCGG